AGAGAAAACGCAUAUUCCAUAUCAAAGGAAUAUCAAAAUUGUCAAAGCCGAAAACAACAGAGAUCUGUGAAAAUUCGACAGAGAUCUUUGCUGCGCUUCGAAAUCCACGCAAUUCACAACAUCUUUUCCCCUCAUUCAUGCGCGAUUGCAUCAAUCUCUCUGCACGCACAAAUCUAGAACAAAUUCGCAACAAAAAUUGAAUCAGAGAGAGAUGUGGGAAUCGAUUUGCUUAACGAUUGCGGCUACCGCCGGAAACAACAUUGGCAAAGUGCUUCAGAAAAAGGGCACCCUAAUUCUCCCACCUCUCUCUUUCAAGCUCAAGGUGAUAAGAGCAUAUGCUUCUAACAGUGCUUGGAUAAUAGGCUUCUUGAUGGAUAUCUUUGGGGCCGUCUUGAUGUUGCUCGCACUAUCUCAGGCUCCUGUAUCGGUGAUUCAACCUGUUUCUGGCUGUGGGCUUGCUAUCCUCUCGGUAUUUUCUCAUUUUUAUCUGAAGGAGAUCAUGAAUGCCAUUGACUGGAUUGGAAUUGCUUUGGCUGGUAUUGGUACCAUAGGUGUUGGUGCUGGAGGAGAAGAGCAAAAGGCACCGUCCAUCUCGAUUAUCUAUUUACCAUGGCUGGUAUUUCUUGUUGCGCUCGUGUUUGUUCUGCUUAAUGGAUGGCUGCGUGUGUAUAGACGACAAAGAAGAGAACAGGAGUUGAUGCAAUACGAAGUGGUCGAGGAGAUCAUUUAUGGCUUGGAGUCCGGCAUUCUAUUUGGGAUUGCAUCUGUGAUAUCAAAGAUGGGAUUCCUGUUCUUGGAGCAAGGAUCUUCGAAGUUGUUGCUUCCCAUUUGUGUCUCAAUCAGCAUAAUGUGCAGUGGCUCCGGAUUUGUCUGCCAGACACGUGGUUUGAAGCACGGAAGGGCAAUCGUCGUGUCCACUUGUGCAGCCGUUGCCUCGAUCGUGACUGGCGUGCUUGCCGGCAUGUUUGCUCUUGGCGAGCAGCUGCCUUCGGCCCCAACGUCUCGCCUGAUGCUUCUCCUCGGAUGGCUCUUCAUCAUUCUCGGAGUGAUCCUGCUUGUAUCUUCAUCGAGGCUGAUGCGACACCUCCCAAGGCCUUGGAGACGCUUUGCACGAAGCGGGGUCGAAAGGAGCUUCGGCCUCAGGCAGUCGAGCUCAACCCGUGGAAGGGACACGAACCCAAGCACCGUGAUCCAAGCGAACACGCUGCACCAUUUGAUACCGCCCCCUGCGAAAGCAAAACCUUAAGCUUGAGCUAUUACAAUUCGGUUCAAUACCUUUAAAGAGUGUACAGUUUCAUUACUGUUUCUGUGUAUGUUUGCUUUGUUUGCUUAACUGUUCAAAGAUGUGAAAGACAAUCCCUUUUCUAUUGAAUUCAUCAUUUGGAUUA